GUCCCAACGCGGUGCAGCGUAGCGCCCCCCGCGUCCCGCUCCGGCAGCCCCGGUGCCCCCGACCAGCGCCCGCCAUGCCUGAGCAGCUCAGCGUCGCCGAGUUCCUGGCCGUCACCGCAGAGGACCUCAGCUCCCCGGCUGGGGCCGCCGCCUUCGCCGCCAAGAUGCCCCGAUGCCGGGGGGCGGCGCUGGCGCGGGAGGAGGUCCUGGAAGGAGACCAAGCCAUCCUGCAGAGAAUAAAGAAGGCUGUGCGGGCCAUCCACAGCUCUGGCCUGGGCCACGUGGAGAACGAGGAGCAGUACCGAGAGGCCGUGGAGUCCCUGGGUAACAGUCACCUGUCUCAGAACAGCCACGAACUGUCCACGGGUUUUCUGAACUUGGCCGUGUUCACCCGUGAGGUGGCCGCACUCUUCAAGAACCUGGUUCAGAACCUGAACAACAUUGUCUCUUUCCCUCUGGACAGUUUGAUGAAGGGACCGCUGAGGGACGGGCGGCAGGAUUCCAAAAAGCAGCUGGAGAAGGCUUGGAAGGACUACGAAGCCCGGAUGGCCAGGCUGGAGAAGGAGCGAGAUCGGGCCAGGGUGACAGGAGGUAGCCCAGGGGAGGUGACCCAGGACACACAGCGGGAGCGACGUGUCUUCCAGCUGCACAUGUGUGAGUACCUGCUCAAAGCUGGGGAGAGUCAGAUGAAACAAGGCCCCGACUUCCUCCAGAGCCUCAUCAAGUUCUUCCACGCCCAGCACAACUUUUUCCAAGAUGGCUGGAAGGCGGCUCAGAGCCUGUCCCCCUUCAUCGAGAAGCUGGCAGCCUCCGUACAUGCGCUGCGUCAAGCCCAGGAGGAGGAGCUACAGAAGUUGGCCCAGCUCCGGGACUCCCUCCGAGGGACCCUGCAGCUGGAGAACAGAGAGGAGCACCUGAGCCGGAAGAACUCGGGGGGCGGCUACAGCAUUCACCAGCACCAAGGCAACAAGCAGUUUGGGACCGAGAAAGUGGGCUUUCUGUAUAAGAAGAGCGAUGGGAUUCGAAGAGUCUGGCAGAAGAGGAAGUGUGGAGUCAAGUAUGGCUGCCUGACCAUCUCACACAGCACUAUAAACCGGCCCCCAGUGAAGCUGACCCUGCUGACGUGCCAAGUGAGGCCAAACCCUGAGGAGAAAAAGUGCUUCCAUCUGGUGACCCACAACCGGACAUACCACUUCCAGGCAGAGGACGAGCACGAGUGCGAGGCGUGGGUGUCGGUGCUGCAGAACAGCAAGGACGAAGCCUUGAGCAGCGCCUUCCUCGGGGAACCCAGCAGCGGCCCGGCGUCCUGGGUGGGCGCGGGGCUGGACGGGGAGUCCCAGGACCUCACCAAGCUGCUCAUCGCCGAGGUGAAGAGCCGGCCCGGGAACGGCCAGUGUUGCGACUGCGGGGCUGCAGACCCCACGUGGCUCAGCACCAACCUGGGCGUGCUCACCUGCAUCCAGUGCUCCGGCGUCCACCGCGAGCUGGGCGUGCGUUUCUCCCGCAUACAGUCGCUCACCUUGGAUCUGCUGGGCCCGUCAGAGUUGCUGCUGGCCUUGAACAUCGGAAACACGCGCUUCAAUGAGGUUAUGGAGGCCCAGCUGCCCUCACACGGUGGUCCUAAACCCUCAGCUGAGAGUGACAUGAAUGCCCGCAGGGACUACAUCGUGGCCAAGUAUGUGGAACAUAGAUUUGCGCGACGAUCCACACCUGAGCCCCAGAGACUCUGGACAGCCAUUUGCAACAGGGACCUCCUGGCGGUAUUGGAGGCCUUUGCCAACGGACAGGACUUUGGACAGCCUCUGCCAGGGCCUGACGGGCAGGUGCCCGGAGAGCUUGCCCUGCACUUGGCUAUCAAAGUAGCCAGCCAGGCCUCCCUGCCCCUGGUGGACUUCAUCAUCCAGAACGGUGGUCACCUGGAUGCCAAGGCUGCGGACGGGAACACUGCCCUGCACUGCGCGGCGCUCCACGGCCAGGCCGACUGCAUCAAGCUGCUGCUGAGAGGGAGAGCAGCUGUGGGCACAGUGAACGAGGCUGGAGAGACAGCUCUGGAUGUGGCCAGGAAGAAGCAGCACAAGGAGUGUGAGGAGCUGCUGGAUCAGGCCCAGGCUGGGACCCUCAUCUUCCCUCUGCAUGUAGACUAUCCCUGGGGAAUGUCUAUGGAGCCUGGCUCUGACAGCGAGGAGGACGAGGAAGAGAAGCGCUGCCCUCUGAAGCCCCCAGCCCAAGCCCGCUGGGCCAGUGGCAGGCUGGACAUCAGCAACAAGACCUAUGAGACCUUCACCAGCCUAGGACCAGCCGCCCAGCAGAGCCAGAGUGAAGACUGCCCCCCACCCUUGCCAGUCAAAAGCUCUUCUCGGACAACGGUUCAAGGACGUGCAGGACAUGCCAAUGGAGAUCCUGAAGUCCCCAACCUGAGUUCAGAGCCCCCCGAGGCCUCUGAGAGCCUGGGCAGUCUAGCCACCUCCUCCUCCAGCCUCACAAGCCCCAUGGAGCCUGGGGGUGCCAGUCAAGGCCUGCUCAGCUCAGAGGAGGGCCUCCAGGAGACCCCGGGCACCUCCCGACCCAGCCUGGCACCUGGAACCACCCCUGCAGAGGUGUAUCUCCCCGUCCGAUUCAGCUCGGAGAGCACUCGCUCCUAUCGACGGGGAACCCGGAGCCUGGAAGAUGGUCCCUCAGCCCGGCAGCCUGUGCCCAGAAGGAGCACACAGGUUGGCUUCCCUGAAGGGGAUGGCGCAAAGACUGGGGUUCUCCCGGCAAGUUCUGUGCGCCUUUUGCAAGACUAGGGCCUUGCUGACCCCUGCAUGGCCAUAUUGAACCCCAACACUCAAGUGGAACUUGAGCACACAAAGUUGGAGAGUGAAGGCAUCCAUUCCCUUGGGUCCUGGCUCUCCAUCCCUCGUGUCUCUGUGGAUGGCCUUCCUCUUGCUGUGGACCAUGUCCCUGCCAAGGAAGCUGUGUCCUUUCAUGAUGGGGCUGAGAUGGUCCUUUUCCUGCUAUCUCAUUGCCCUCCAUGGCCAGGCACCCAGAGGUUAGGUCUGAGUGCUACUGAGCUCGGUUCAGAACCAGAACUUUCGGUUCCCCGUCAGACCAGAACGGUUUCUCCCAUCAGCCCGGGGCACCCUCGUUCACUUCCAGAUCACGGACUCUGCCGGACCAGGGACUCUCUUCUCACCAUUCUUAGUCCAUUGUUCCUUUACUGAGUUCCAGCUCUGUGUCCAGGCCUGUGUGAGGCACUAUGGAUGCCACAUGGGAAAGGCCAGGGUCCUUCCUAUAGGUGUGGUCCCCAGCAGGGAAGCUGGUCUCAAGGACUGGCUUGGGAAUGGGCUGGGCCAGGUUCCAGAGGACGGUUCUGGAAUGAGAAGCAGGACGGGCUGUCGUCUGGUUUCCCAUCUGACCAUGACAGUUGUCUGUAGCUCAUCUUUAUUCUAGUUGGCCAGGGCCUAUGCUGAACUGGCUGUUAAAUACACAUUCUGAGCGCCAGUCACGAGGGACAAUCCAGCCUUCCCAGGGAUCUCUAAUGUCUUUCCGAGCCACGAAGUAGAGCAUGGCUCACCUGCUUUUGUUUAUCUCCAUGACUUAGCAAGAGGAAAGGAACUGGGGUGAUGGAUCCCCACUUAUCUCUUCUUUCUGUCAACUCAGGAGCCUGCCAGUCUUGGGUGAGAGGGGCUGAGAAAGGAGGCAGGAGAGGGAUAGAGCAAAGUCUUCAAGGUCCUUCCCAGUGCCAGAAGUCCACCACUGCUCAGCCCCAGUUAGAAGCCAAUUCUCUGAAGUCAUCACCAACCGCUAACACCUCAGUUUUACAGCCAUGGGUGCUGGGCCCUGGUGGGGAUGGGCCAGGCCAAGCAGAGGAGACCAGAGGGCGUCAAGGCCAGCAGCACAGCAGUCUGCAGGGAGGCUGGGUCACUUACCCAGGAGGUCUGACUGCUGUGUGGGCCCACAGAAAUGGAUUGCCUUCUGAGCCCCCCGUGUAUGGCUCUGUUCAUCUCACAUGUGUUAUUUCAUUCAUCUCUAAUAAAGGAUUUGGAGGAGAUAAGUA